CCUCCCUUCCCUCCCCCCGUCUCUCCCUGUCUCAUCCCCCUCUCCGUCUCUCCCAGGCUCUCUCCUCCCUCCCCUCCCCAUCUCUCCCUGUCUCUGAGGGUUCAGGGUGUAGCCUCGCAGUCAGUUUAGGGGUGAGGGGCACAAGGAAAGACGGGGUGGGGCCCGGAGGACUGGCGCCCCGCACGGAGGCGGCAGCGGGAAGUUAGCCCGAGAGGACGUUUCCCGGAGAAACGCACCCGCUCGCGCUCCCCGCGCUCGGAGCCGCCUCCGGCCGCCGGGCCCCUCCCUCCCCGGCUCCUCGCCUCCCCCUCCCGGCCGGCGCCCUGGCUCCCGGGCCUCCGCGCCGCCGGCUCGUGAAUGAGACGCUCACUUUCUCAAUGGAGCCGCGGGGGGCUCGGGCGGGCGCGGCGCGGCCGUGAGCCGGGCGGGGGACGCCGCCCCCUCGCGCCCUCCCUCUCGCCGCCGCCGCUUUUGAGGAACCGGGCCGGGAGGCGGCCGCGCGGGGCGCAGGGCCCGCAUCCCCGGGGACGCCCGGCGGCGCGGCCAGCAGCGAGGCCCCGCAGGCCAGCGGCCUCCGCGAGCUCUUGAUCUGCCAUUUCCUCUUUUGAUGCCGGGCGUCUGCUCGCCCGCUCGCCUGCGCCUUCUCCCCUCGGGAGAGUGAGGGAGGCAGCGAAGAAAAGGAGCAGGGUCUUCCCCGCAGACGCGAGCGGGCGCCCCGAGAGGUUUUCCUCCAGGGAGCGGCCGCGGGCGCAGGGCCCCGCCGCCCGGCCAUGCGCGAGCCGGCCUCGGGCUGCUGAGGCGCGGGGAAGCGGAAGCGGAGGCCGAGCGCGCCGGGCCACUCCAGUCCGCCGGGAGGCGGCGGCGGCGGCUGCGGGAUGGAGCCCGCGGCCGCGCCCCGGCCCGACAUGGCGCCGGAGCUGACCCCGGAGGAGGAGCAGGCCACCAAGCAGUUUCUUGAAGAGAUCAACAAGUGGACAGUCCAGUACAAUGUCUCCCCGCUCUCGUGGAACGUGGCUGUCAAGUUCCUCAUGGCCAGGAAGUUUGAUGUGCUCCGUGCCGUAGAGCUGUUCCACUGCUACAGAGAAACACGACGGAAGGAAGGUAUUGUGAAGCUGAAACCUCACGAGGAGCCCCUCCGUUCCGAAAUCCUCAGCGGGAAGUUCACCAUCUUGGACGUCCGGGACCCGACGGGAGCCUCCAUCGCCCUGUUCACUGCCAGGCUGCAUCACCCCCACAAGUCGGUCCAGCACGUGGUACUUCAGGCCCUGUUCUAUCUGCUGGACAGAGCUGUGGAUAGCUUUGAAACGCAGAGGAAUGGGCUGGUGUUUAUCUACGACAUGUGUGGCUCCAAUUAUGCCAACUUUGAGCUGGAUCUUGGCAAGAAAGUCCUAAACCUGCUGAAGGGAGCGUUUCCCGCCCGCCUGAAGAAGGUGCUGAUCGUGGGGGCGCCCAUGUGGUUCCGGGUGCCCUACUCCGUGGUCAGCCUCCUCCUGAAAGACAAAGUCCGGGAGCGGAUACAAAUACUAAAGACGUCUGAAGUCACCCAGCACCUACCCAGGGAGUGCCUCCCGGAAAACCUGGGUGGGCACGUCAAAAUCGACCUCGCCACUUGGAAUUUCCAGUUCCUGCCGCAGGUGAACGGCCACCCGGAUCCCUUCGACGAGAUCAUCCUGUUCUCCCUCCCUCCUGCCUUAGACUGGGACUCGGUGCACGUUCCAGGGCCUCAUGCCAUGACCAUCCAGGAACUGGUAGACUACGUCAACGCCAGGCAGAAGCAGGGCAUCUACGAGGAGUACGAAGACAUCCGCCGGGAGAACCCUGUCGGCACUUUCCACUGUUCCAUGUCUCCAGGAAACCUAGAGAAGAAUCGCUAUGGGGACGUGCCCUGUCUGGACCAAACUAGAGUGAAGCUGACGAAACGCAGCGGCCACACACAGACAGAUUACAUCAAUGCCAGUUUCAUGGAUGGCUACAAGCAGAAGAAUGCUUACAUCGGUACACAAGGGCCUCUGGAGAACACAUACCGUGAUUUCUGGCUCAUGGUGUGGGAGCAGAAAGUCCUGGUGAUCGUCAUGACCACGCGCUUCGAAGAAGGCGGCAGGAGAAAGUGCGGCCAGUACUGGCCUCUAGAAAAAGACUCGCGCGUCCGAUUCGGCUUCCUCACGGUGACCAACCUAGGCGUGGAGAACAUGAGUCAUUAUAAGAAAACAACGCUCGAGAUUCAUAACACAGAGGAGCGGCAGAAACGCCAGGUGACCCACUUCCAGUUCCUGAGCUGGCCAGAUUAUGGUGUCCCCUCCUCGGCAGCGUCCCUCAUUGACUUCCUGAGAGUGGUCAGAAGCCAGCAGAGCCUGGCCGUCAGCAGCCUGGGUGCGCGCGCCCGGGGGCAGUGCCCUGAGCCACCCAUCGUGGUCCACUGCAGCGCGGGCAUCGGCAGGACAGGCACCUUCUGCUCCCUGGACAUCUGCCUGGCGCAGCUGGAGGAGCUGGGCACCCUCAACGUGUUCCAGACGGUGUCGCGCAUGCGCACGCAGCGGGCCUUCAGCAUUCAGACCCCCGAGCAGUACUACUUCUGCUACAAGGCCAUCCUGGAGUUUGCAGAGAAGGAGGGCAUGGUGCCCUCCGGCCACAGCCUGCUGCCCUUGGAGGGUCAGUAACUGUCCACGGGCCCCCGCGGCUGGCCAGCCUUCCGUACGCUACCCUGGACAUCGUCGAGUCUGUCGGCUGCUGUCGGCUCCGCCGAAGCCAUGGAUCCACCUCUUUCCCGUGUCUCCCGGCGCCCGUGUGCACGCAAGGCAGCCUUUCCCUCUGGCUAGAUAAACGUGGUGAGAUGGCCACUCGCAAGGGCCAGCAGCAACGUGUUCUUACUUUCUAGCACCUGCUAUCGAACUGUGCCUUAUAGAACCCAGUGUGGCUGUUGAUUCCUGCCAGGGGCCCCCGAGGUACGCGGGAAGGAGCCUCCCCCGCGCCCACUCCUGCCCGGUGCUGGGAUUUCACGGGGGAGGCUGGACGGGCAGUGGCCUUCCCCCGAGAGCGUGACCAAGUUACGUGUUCUAGAGGUCAUCGUGAGUGCCAAGCACGUGUACACGCAGGGCGCGUAUUCCAGUCUUCUCUGUCUUCUGUGUGCGUGCGCGCGCGUGUAUGUGCACUUCUGUGUUGGGUCCGUGUGUCCGUGUGUAUAUACUAUAUAUUGUAUGUGAUACUAUGGGCAUAUUCUAUAAAUACAUAUACACACAGAUGCUACUCUGUAGAAGUUCCUGGGGUUCCGGGCUGCAGUUCACAACUUGCUUCUUGGACCCCAAUGUGUAUCCUGGACUAGCUGGGGUCAGGGGUCAGAGGUCAGAGCGUAGGUGGGGAGCGGACACACACACACUCAUUCCCCUGCGCUCCUGCCGCAGGCCGUCACCUUACGUCCCCGCCUCCCUUCCCCGGAUGCCGCCUCCUGGGGCCCAGAGUACUGGUUUGUGGUGACACUGGUUUACUUCAGCACGGACUGCCCUUACCUAAUGAUUUUUCUCUGUUUACUUUGCCAAUUUGGGGAACAGACCUCCACUGUGAUUCCAGACCCCUCCUCUCACUACCCCAGGGUCGGAGGAGCAGGGGCAGAGAUGAGUCCACGGAGCAGCCGGAGCCAGAAGCGAUCGGUACGAAGUCUUAGAGGGGAAGGGGGAGCCCGGCGCAGGGGGAGACCGCCCUGGGCAGUGUCCCCGGAGGCCGGGCCGGGCCCUUCCCCACGCAGCCUCGCCGUCUCCCGAGAUGCCCUUCUCCUGCCUGCUAGGCCCUGCCUGGGGCUCCAGCCGGGUGGGUUCUGUGCCAAUGAAAAGCGUACCCCCCUGGCUGGGGGAGGGUCUCCUGCAGUCACAGUUGGCCCCCUGCCUACCCAGCCUGUCCCUGCCUGCUCCUGGCCCGUUGUGCCAGGGACAGAAUCAAGAGUCCCCAGCGUUCCACGUUCCCAAGGAAAUCCCAGGAACCCCUAAACCUCCUCCCCCAUCACAAGAGAUGAGGUUGGCAGCUGAUCAGACCUCAAUAAUUUUAUACUGUAAUAAGCUCUUUGAAUGUGUAUAUUCUUAUUUUUUACAAUCAUUUCAUUUUGUAUUUAACAUCAAUGGACUGAGUCAGAUUCAGAAAAUAAUUGUAAUGUUCAAUAUCUUACAGCGAUAGUUUUGUAUUUACGUAUAAAUAUAUCAACAUGAUCAAA